CCGGACCGCCGCGGCGUCGCGAGCGCGGCGGCGAUGUCGGACUUUCCCAGACCCUGCCAGCACUGCAACGAGAUCGUCUUGAACCGGACGGCGUACUACAGAAACCACAAGAAGGGGCGGUGCCUCGUCAUCCCGGGGGACCCGCGAGAGGCGCCCGCGCGAAGCGAGAUGAAACGCGCGAAGAAGACGCGCGAUGAUGAUAACGGCCCUGAUGAUGAGACGACGCCCCCUCCUCCUCCCGCCGUCGUCGUCUUCGGCUCCGCGAACGUCGACCUCGCGAUGCGCGCGCCGGUCCUCCCCGCGCCGGGCGUGACCGUCCUCGCGCCGUCGUACGCGCUCGCGCCGGGAGGGAAGGGCGCGAACGCGGCGUGCGCGUGCGCGGUGACGGGGCGCGGGCGGAACCGCAUCGCGAUGACGAGCGCGUUCGUCGACGUCUUCGACGUCGUCGUGAAGUUCGUCGGCGCGGUCGGCGACGACGCCUUCGGCGCGAUGCUCAAGGACGCGUUCGCGGACGCGGGCGUGGACGCGACGCACCUCGCGACGCGCACUGCGAGCGCGGCGCGCACGGGAUGCGCGUCCGUGAUCGUGGACGCGCGAGGAGAGAACCAGAUCUGCGUCGGCGCGGGCGCCAACGCGACGGUGAACGCGAAGGAGCAACUGGGCGGCGUGGGUGCUGGGAAAAUGCUGCGUCCCGGGGACGUCUUCUUGACGCAGCUCGAGGUUCCCGCGCGCGAGGUGUGGGACGCGAUCGCGAUCGCGAAGGAGGCGGGCUUGACGGUGGUUCUGAACGCCGCGCCGGCUGCGGCGGUGCCGGCGGAGGUUCUGAAGCAGGUCGACUUCCUGGUCGUCAACGAGCACGAGGCGGCGCGCGUGGAGGCGUUCGCCGUCGCGCCCGGAUGCGCGCACCCGGCGGCGCUGCGCGGACGUUUGGAUCCGCCGAUCGAGGCGGCGUGGCAGAUCGCGCGGGAGCACCGCGUCGUCGUGGUCGUCACCCUGGGCGCGAACGGCGCCGCGGUGGCGCUUCCGGUCGUCGUGAGCUCCAAAUUAGGGUUUAUCGCGGGCGCGGAGGUGCGUCGAUUCGGCGUCGCGCCGCUGCGAGCGAACGAAUCGGUGAUCGACACCGCCGGCGCGGGCGACGCGUUCGUCGGCGCGUUCGCCGCGUCUCUCGCGCGCGGCGACGACGUCGAUACGUGCAUGACGCGCGCGUCGUACGCGGGCGCGGCGGCGUGCACGGCGAAGGGCGCGCGCGGGGGCGUUCCGACCGGGGCGGAGAUCGACGCGCGGACGAGGGAAGAGCCGCGAAUGGCGCCGCCGACGCGCGAGCUGUUCGACGCGCGCGGGAUGCCUGUUCCUUUAGUCUAGUUGGGGUUUCACAGGUUUCACGCUGUACUACGUACGGAAGUACUUUAUAUG